ACAUGACAAUAUAUACUACAAAACAUAUCAUCAUCCUCACUAAAGCUCAUACUAUACACUUUAAACAAAAACAAAAAAAGCUAGUACUAUACAUUAAAAAAAUGGGUGAAUCUUAUAGAUUCAAUCAUCAUCACUUGUUCACAUCUCUUCUCAUAAUCAUAACCAUGCUCAAAUCGGUCCAUACAAUAACAACAAACACCGAGUUCGUAAAAUCAUCGUGCACUUUCACAACCUACCCAAGACUCUGUUUCACAUCACUUGCAACUCAAGCCAGUCUCAUCCAAACAAGCCCCAAGCUCAUGGCACACGCGGCUCUCAACAUCACACUAGCCUCAGCCAAAGCCACUUCAGCAAUGAUGGUACGUCUCUCGAAUACUCGGCUCAAGCCGAGAGAAGUCGCGGCCAUGAGAGACUGCGUCGAGGAGCUAGGUGACACGUUAGAUGAGCUUAGGAAAUCGAUUGGUGAGAUGUGUCGGCUAAGUAACUCGAACUAUGAGGUCUACAUGAGCGAUAUACAGACAUGGGUAAGUGCUGCUUUGACGGAUGAGAACACAUGUACGGAGGGAUUCGAAGGAGAUGACAUGAACGGGAAGGCUAAGGUUUUGGUGAGAGGGAGGAUUCUGGUUAUUGCUCAUUUAACGAGUAAUGCCUUGGCUUUGAUUAAUCAUUUUGCUUCUAUUCAUGGCUAAAGAGAGAUGUAUUAAUAAUUUUAAGUUGAUUUUUCUGAUGAUUUUGUGUGUAUAAUGAUAAUGUAAUUGUAAUGUAUGUCUUCGUCUUUAAGAUUCCAGAAUCAAUAUGUAACAAAUAGAGUGUUUUAUAAUUUUAAAAAGAUUUUCCAA